CAUUUCUCUAAGGAUUCCCCACCUGUUGUUUUCAUGAACCUGGGCCUAAUUAAUCAGAGAUGGAACAGAUGGACUGUAAACCCUACCAGCCACUGUCAAAGGUUAAGCAUGAAAUGGAUCUAGCUUACACAAGCUCUUCAGAUGAAAGCGAAGAUGGCAGAAAGGCAAGGCCAUCUUAUGAGUCCAGAGAAACUCUUAAUGAAUACGGCCAAGAACUCAGGCUGAAUUAUAACAGCCACAGCAGAAAAAGAAAAGCCGUCGAUGAACCCACUCAAGAGAUGGAAUUUUGUGAUACUCCACACAUCUUGUGCACCGGCUACCAGGCAGACAUGCAUGCUGUGUCCCAGCACGGCUAUCCCAUAGAGAUGGGUUCGGAUGUGGAUACAGAGACGGAAGGCGGAGCCUCGCCAGAUCAGGCCCUGAGGAUGUGGAUGUCUGGGAUGAAAUCGGAACACAGUUCCUGCUUAUCGAGCCGCGCAAACUCGGCGCUGUCCCUCACGGAUACGGACCACGAAAGGAAGUCUGAUGGAGAGAACGAAAUGCCAGGAAGCCCACGCAACCAGUUCACCUUCAGACCUCUCCCGCCGCCCCCGCCGCCCCCUCACGCGUGCACCUGCAGCAGGAAGCCCAUUUCCACAGCCGACUCUCUCCAGGGAAGAUCAAUGACCACCCGCAGCCAACCAAGCCCAGCUGCUCCACCUCCGCCAACCAGCACACAGGACUCGGUGCACCUCCAUAACAGUUGGGUCCUGAACAGUAAUAUACCGCUGGAGACCAGAAGUCAGUGGGGGAUUUGCUGGCCCUCGGCUGUGGAAAUGCCUUCCACCAGAAAUCAGGAGGACCAUGUCUCUUCCCUCGUGCCAAGUGAAAUGCACUUCCUAUUUAAACAUGGAUCUGGUUCUUCAGCUAUCUUCAGUGCGGCGAGUCAGAAUUAUCCUUUAACCUCCAAUACUGUUUACUCACCACCUCCUAGGCCACUUCCUCGAAGUACUUUUUCUAGACCGGCUUUCUCUUUUAACAAACCUUAUAGAUGCUGCAACUGGAAGUGCACUGCCUUGAGCGCGACAGCUAUUACAGUCACCCUGGCACUGCUGCUCGCCUACGUCAUUGCAGUACAUUUGUUUGGCCUAACUUGGCAACUGCAGCCUGUUGAAGGGCAACUCUAUGAAAAUGGAGUCAGUAAGGGAACCAAAGGCACAGAAUCCAUCGACACAACUUAUUCGCCAAUCGGAGGAAAGGUUCCAGAUAAAACCGAAAGGAAAGAAAUAGUGUUUCAGAAAGGACAGGCAAUAGACACGGGGGAAAUUGAAAUUGGAGAUCAAGUGAUGCAGACUAUCCCACCAGGCCUCUUCUGGCGUUUCCAGAUCAUGAUCCAUCACCCGAUGUACCUGAAAUUUAAUGUUUCACUUGCAAAGGAUUCUCUGCUUGGGAUUUAUGGCAGACGCAAUAUACCUCCCACUCAUACACAGUUUGAUUUUGUAAAGCUGAUGGAUGGCAAACAGUUAAUUAAGCAGGAACCAAGACAUUUGGAAGAAUCUCAGCACGCCCCCAGGAAUCUGAUCUUAAUGUCCAUGCAAGAAACCGGUUUCAUAGAAUACAUGGACCAAGGUGCUUGGCACAUGGCAUUUUACAACGACGGCAAGAAAAUGGAACAAGUGCUUAUGUUGACAACUGCAAUUGAAGUCAUGGAUGACUGUUCCACUAACUGCAAUGGGAAUGGUGAAUGCAUCUCUGGUCACUGCCACUGUUUCCCAGGAUUCCUUGGUCCUGACUGUGCACGAGAUUCCUGCCCCGUGUUAUGCAGUGGGAACGGAGAAUACGAAAAGGGCCAUUGCGUGUGUCGCAAUGGGUGGAAAGGGCCCGAGUGCGAUGUUCCGGAAGAGCAGUGCAUUGAUCCCACCUGCUUCGGCCAUGGCACGUGCAUCAUGGGCAUCUGCAUUUGUGUCGCUGGAUAUAAAGGAGAGAUAUGCGAGGAAGAGGACUGUUUAGACCCGAUGUGCUCCGGUCAUGGCGUCUGUGUGCAAGGGGAGUGCCAUUGCUCUAUGGGCUGGGGCGGAGUCAACUGCGAAACAUCGCUUCCCAUCUGCCAAGAACAGUGUUCGGGUCAUGGCACCUUUCUCUUGGAUACCGGAGUGUGUAACUGUGACCCGAAGUGGACAGGUUCUGACUGCUCAACAGAGCUCUGCACACUAGAUUGUGGCAGCCAUGGUGUUUGUGCAAGAGGAAUGUGCCAAUGUGAAGAAGGCUGGAUAGGCCCAACAUGUGAGGAACGCACAUGUAAUUCCCACUGCACUGAACAUGGGCAGUGCAAAGACGGCAAGUGUGAAUGCAGUCCAGGAUGGGAAGGAGACCAUUGCACCAUUGGUGAGAUUUAUGGCUGCCCAGGUCUGUGUUACGGAAACGGAAGAUGCACCCUUGACCAGAAUGGAUGGCACUGUGUCUGCCAGGUGGGAUGGAGUGGAAUGGGCUGUAAUGUUGUCAUGGAAAUGAUGUGUGGAGAUAGCAACGAUAAUGAUGGAGAUGGUUUGACAGACUGCAUAGACCCUGAUUGCUGUCAGCAAAGCAAUUGCUACGCGAGCCCUCUCUGCCAAGGGUCCCCUGAUCCCCUUGACCUCAUCCAACAGAGUCAACCUCCUUUCUCACAGCAUCCUCCAAGGCUCUUUUAUGAUAGAAUUAAAUUUCUUAUUGGCAAGGAAAGCACUCAUGUAAUCCGAGGAGAUGUCUCAUUUGAGAGCAGGCGUGCUUGUGUCGUUCGAGGCCAGGUAGUAGCGGUCGAUGGAACCCCUCUGGUCGGGGUGAACGUGAGCUUCCAGCACCACAGCGAUUAUGGCUACACCAUCAGCCGACAGGAUGGCAGUUUUGACCUGGUGGCUGUGGGAGGCAUCUCGGUCACGCUGGUGUUUGACAGGUCUCCUUUUCUUUCUGUGAAAAGGACACUUUGGUUGUCCUGGAAUAGGUUUAUUGUGGUAGACAAAGUAGUCAUGCAAAGAACAGAAGUGGAGCUACCAACCUGUGACAUCAGUAGCUUUAUCAGCCCAAAUCCUAUUGUCCUUCCUUUUCCUCUGACGUCAUUCGGAGGAUCAUGUCCAGAAAGGGGAACAGUUAUACCAGAGCUACAGGUGGUCCAGGAGGAAAUAGCCAUCCCUUCCAGCUUCGUGAAGCUCAGUUACUUGAGCAGCCGAACGUCAGGAUAUAAAACCUUGCUGCGCAUUAUUCUGACACAUUCUAUCAUCCCUCCUGGAAUGACAAAAGUGCACCUCACCGUUACCAUUGAAGGGCGACUAGCUCAGAAAUGGUUUCCCGCUGCUACCAACUUGGUCUAUACCUUUGCUUGGAAUAAGACAGAUAUUUACGGUCAAAAAGUCUCUGGCUUAGCAGAAGCAAUGGUGUCAGUAGGUUAUGAGUAUGAAACUUGUCCUGACUUGAUUCUGUGGGAGAAAAGGACUGUAAUACUGCAAGGAUUUGAGUUGGAUGCGUCAAAUCUGGGAGGUUGGUCCGUAGACAAACACCACAUUUUGAAUACACAGAGCGGUAUCGUACAUAAAGGAAAUGGAGAAAACAUAUUCAUCUCCCAGCAGCCGCCAGUGAUCUCAACUGUCAUGGGCACCGGGCACCAGAGAAGUGUCUCCUGUGCCAACUGCAAUGGUCCAUCUCACAGCGGUAAACUCUUUGCGCCUGUUGCUAUGGCUUCUGGUACUGAUGGCAGCAUCUAUAUUGGAGAUUUCAAUUUUGUUCGGAGGCUCCUUCCUUCAGGAAACUCUAUUAGUAUCCUAGAACUAAGGAACAGAGACACAAGACACAGCACAAGCCCGGCUCACAAGUACUACCUGGCUAUGGACCCCGUAUCAGAAUCACUUUACUUGUCAGAUACAAAUACCAGAAGAGUUUACAAAGUGAAAUCUCUCAGUGAAACCAAGGAGUUGGCCAAAAACUAUGAGAUCGUGGCAGGAACAGGUGAUCAGUGCCUUCCGUUUGAUCAAAGUCACUGUGGAGAUGGAGGACGGGCUUCUGAAGCAUCACUUCACAGUCCACGAGGCAUCACUGUAGAUAAGCACGGCUUCAUUUACUUUGUGGAUGGCACCAUGAUUCGGAAGAUUGAUGGCAGUGGUGCAAUCACAACAUUAAUAGGCUCAAAUGGUCUCACAUCAACCCAGCCACUCAGCUGUGAUGCCGGAAUGGACAUCACUCAGGUCCGCUUAGAAUGGCCCACAGACCUGGUCGUCAACCCCGUCGACAAUUCGUUAUAUGUGCUGGACAAUAACAUCGUGCUACAGAUUUCUCAAAACAGGCGAGUGCGCAUUAUCGCCGGCCGGCCCAUCCACUGCCAGGUGCCGGGCAUCGAUCACGUGUUGGUCAGCAAAGUGGCGAUCCACUCCACCCUGGAAUCGGCCAGGGCCAUUGGUGUAUCUCACAGCGGAGUGCUGUACAUUGCCGAGACGGACGAAAGGAAGAUCAACCGUAUCCAGCAAGUCACGACCAACGGUGAAAUCUCUGUCAUUGCUGGAUCGCCCACAGAUUGCGACUGUAAGAUUGAUCCCAAUUGUGACUGCUUUUCAGGCGAUGGCGGGUAUGCCAUAGAUGCGAAGCUGAAAGCUCCCUCUUCCUUAGCGGUAUCUCCUGACGGCACCUUGUACAUAGCCGAUCUCGGUAACAUCCGCAUCCGUGCAGUGAGUCGGAAUAAGCCUCGUCUGAACGACAUGAAUAUUUACGAGAUUACAUCCCCAGCGGACCAGGAACUCUAUCAGUUCACCAGCAACGGGACUCACUUGCACACGCUCAAUCUCAUUACACGGGACUUCAUGUACAACUUCACAUACAACGGGGAAGGGGAUCUUGGCACCGUUACCAACAGCAACGGGAAUUCGGUCCAUAUUCGGAGAGACGCCAGCGGUUUGCCUCUUUGGCUGGUCAUGCCCGGAGGACAGUUCUACUGGCUGACCAUAAGUAGCAAUGGAAUCCUCAAAAGAGUUUACGCCCAAGGCUACAAUUUAGCCCUGAUGACUUAUCCUGGUACCACAGGUCUUCUUGCAACCAAAAGUAAUGAGUAUGGAUGGACAACAGUUUAUGAGUAUGACUCUGAUGGUCACUUAACCAAUGCAACAUUUCCAACUGGUGAGGUCAGCAGUUACCAUAGUGAUGUCGAAAAGCUGAUGCGAGUUGAAAUCAACACUUCAAAUAAGGAAAAUGUGGUCACAGCGACAAACUUUUCAGCUACCUCUACAAUUUACACCUUAAAACAAGACAACACUCAGAAUAUCUAUCGGGUCAGUCCGGAUGGGUCACUGAGAGUCACCUUUGCGAGCGGAAUGGAGAUCACUCUGAAUACAGAGCCACACAUCUUAGCAGGCGUUGUCAACCCCACUUUAGGAAAAUGCAAUAUCUCUCUACCUGGGGAGCAUAACUCCAAUCUUAUUGAGUGGCGGCAAAGGAAGGAACAGACCAAAGGCAAUAUCUCAGCAUUUGAGAGAAGGUUACGGGCCCACAACAGAAAUCUGCUUUCCAUUGAUUUUGAUCACAUAACGAGAACGGGGAAGAUCUAUGACGAUCACCGGAAGUUUACUCUUCGGAUUCUCUAUGACCAGGUGGGCCGUCCAAUCCUUUGGUCCCCCAUCAGCAGAUAUAAUGAAGUCAACAUCACUUAUUCACACUCUGGGUUAGUGACCUACAUCCAGAGAGGAACGUGGACUGAAAAGAUGGAAUAUGACCCAGGUGGGAAAAUUGUUUCCAGAACAUGGGCAGACGGAAAAAUUUGGAGCUACACGUAUUUAGAAAAGAGACUGCUGCACAACAGAGACGGGAGUAAACAUAUGAAGCUGAGUGCUGAGAGGAUGAAAAAAGAAGGCAGGCAAGCAGCUCUAAACCAGGGUCUGCCCGUGUCCGUGAUGCUUCUCCUGCAUAGCCAACGCCGCUACAUCUUUGAGUACGACCAAUCAGACUACUUGUUGUCUGUCACCAUGCCCAGCAUGGUGCGCCAUAGCUUUCAAACAAUGCUCUCUGUCGGGUAUUAUCGUAAUCUCUAUUCCCCGCCGGACAGCGGUGCCUCUUUCGUCCAGGAUUUCACUAGAGACGGACGACUCCUGCAAACCCUUUACCCAGGCACGGGGCGCAGGGUUCUUUACAAAUACACCAAGCUGUCCAGACUAUCAGAGAUCCUUUAUGAUACCACACAGGUCUCCUUUACUUACGAAGAGUCAUCCGGCGUUAUUAAAACAAUUCACUUGAUGCACGAUGGAUUUAUUUGCACCAUCAGAUACAGGCAAACAGGCCCAUUAAUUGGUCGCCAGAUAUUCAGGUUUAGCGAAGAAGGUCUUGUGAAUGCCAGAUUUGACUACAGCUACAACAACUUCCGAGUAACCAGCAUGCAGGCCAUGAUAAAUGAAACUCCUCUCCCUAUAGACUUGUAUCGCUACGUUGACGUGUCUGGUAAAACGGAGCAAUUUGGGAAAUUCAGCGUAAUCAAUUAUGACUUAAACCAAGUUAUAACCACCACUGUGAUGAAGCAUACCAAAAUUUUUAGUGCCAAUGGCCAAGUGAUUGAAGUGCAAUAUGAAAUUCUUAAAUCCAUAGCUUACUGGAUGACCAUUCAGUAUGACAAUAUGGGCCGUAUAGUGAUAUGUGAUAUACGGGUAGGAGUCGAUGCCAACAUAACAAGGUAUUUUUACGAAUAUGAUGCUGAUGGCCAACUUCAGACUGUCUCUGUGAAUGAUAAAACCCAGUGGCGUUAUAGCUAUGACCUCAACGGAAAUAUCAAUUUACUUAGCCAUGGAAACAGCGCACGGCUUACUCCUCUGAGGUACGACCUUAGAGAUCGCAUAACAAGACUAGGAGACAUCCAGUAUAAAAUGGAUGAAGACGGCUUUCUUAAACAAAGGGGAAAUGACAUCUUUGAGUACAGCUCUAAUGGUUUUCUGAACAAAGCUUACAACAGGGUUGCUGGAUGGACAAUCCAGUAUUGUUAUGAUGGACUGGGACGACGGGUGGCCAGCAAAUCAAGUCUAGGACAACACCUCCAGUUCUUUUACGCAGACCUCUCCAAUCCAGUAAGAGUUACUCACUUAUACAAUCAUAGUAGUUCAGAAAUAACAUCCCUGUAUUACGACCUUCAGGGCCACUUGAUAGCUAUGGAAUUAAGCAGUGGUGAAGAAUAUUAUGUUGCCUGUGACAACACUGGCACACCCUUAGCUAUCUUCAGCAGCCGAGGGCAAGUGAUAAAAGAAAUUCUUUACACACCUUACGGGGAGAUCUAUCAAGACACAAAUUCAGAUUUUGAAGUCAUUAUUGGAUUUCAUGGAGGGCUGUAUGAUUCAAUGACUAAACUGGUGCACUUGGGACAAAGAGAUUAUGAUGUCAUUGCCGGACGCUGGACAACUCCCAACCACCACAUCUGGGAAGAAGUGAAGACUGUCCCCAAGCCAUUUAAUCUGUAUGCAUUUGAAAAUAACUAUCCCGCUGGCAGAAUCCAAGAUGUGGCAAAAUACACAACAGACAUUGGAAGUUGGCUUGAGCUGUUUGGUUUUCAGCUUCAUAAUGUACUUCCUGGAUUCCCAAAGCCAGAGAUGGAUGCCGUGGAGACAACCUAUGAACUUGUACAGCUUCAAGCUAAGACCCAAGAGUGGGACCCUGGCAAGACCAUACUUGGCAUUCAGUGUGAACUACAGAAGCAGCUCAGAAACUUCAUUUCCUUGGACCAGCUUCCCAUGACCCCCAAAUACAGUGAUGGGAGAUGCGUGGAGAGGGCCAAACAACCCAGAUUUGCUGCUGUUCCCUCUGUCUUUGGGAAGGGCAUCAAAUUUGCCAUUAAGGAUGGCCUGGUAACGGCCGAUGUUAUUGGGGUGGCCAACGAAGACAGCCGACGCAUUGCCGCCAUCCUCAACAACGCUCACUACCUUGAGGACCUGCAUUUUACGAUAGACGGGCGAGACACGCACUACUUCAUCAAGCUCGGGUCUUUGGAAGAAGACCUUGCACUAAUAGGCAACACCGGGGGACGGCGGAUUUUGGAGAACGGCGUCAACGUCACCGUAUCGCAAAUGACUUCCGUCAUCAAUGGGAGGACUAGACGGUUUGCAGACAUACAGCUCCAAUACGGUUCUUUGUGCUUUAACGUUCGGUAUGGGACUACCGUAGAAGAAGAGAAGAACCACGUCUUGGAGGUAGCCAGGCAGAGAGCUGUGGCUCAGGCCUGGACUAGGGAGCAAAAACGACUCCAAGAAGGCGAAGAAGGUAUUAGGGCUUGGACAGAGGGAGAGAAACAGCAGCUUUUGAGCACGGGGAAAGUACAGGGCUAUGAUGGAUAUUUCGUUUUAUCUGUGGAGCAGUAUCUUGAACUUUCUGACAGUGCCAACAAUAUUCACUUUAUGAGACAGAGUGAAAUAGGCAGGAGGUAACAAACAGACAGACAGACAGACAGACAAACAAUCUCUGCCUUUGCAUCACCAAAGACUGCCUGUUUUUAAAAAAAACAUUAAGUAAAGGUUUAUUGUAUUGGUUUUUCUAGAUCAGAACUCUGUGUAUAUAUAAAUAUAGAGGGGGGGAAACAUAUCCAACUGCCUUUAAAUGUGACAGAAGAUGGUAUUUUAAUAUAGUUUGUUUAAACUCUUUGGGAGACGGCAAUGAUUUUUAGUUCUAGGGCGUGGCUGCAUUCAACAUUUGGUAGCCGCAUUCCCAGUGUUGGUCGUCAUUUGGAAAUGGUUCACAUGGGGCAAAAUGUUCGUGUGCUCUCUCUAUUUCCUUCUUCAGGACACAGUUUAAUGGUUUUAAUAACUUGCAUUCAACUUGUUUGUAGUUGGGCCAGUGUCCUUGGUUCCUGGCUCUAGCUCAUGAACCAUCACUAAAGCACUCUUCACAAUUUAGACAUUUAAGGAGCCUUCAGGGGACAAGGUGCACCCAUCGUUAAUUUCUCCUCCGUGCCAGCAAAACAGAAACCAGCUUCUCUGACCUUCAUGUCUGCUAGAUAGGGAGUUGUGAUGCCAUUACCCUGUUAAGAAAUUGCAAAUAACGUCAUUUUUAGUCAUUGCCUUUUAGGAUUAAUCGUUUCAUUGUGUGGAUGGUAAGAAGUGGUAAGUCAAGAUUUCAGGAAUCUAAGCAUUGCUAAUAAUCACGUCCACAAACACAACACACAGGAGGAUGCACUUUCACUUGUCGGCUCAGAAUAUAUUAAAUGGAAGACCAUCAAUAGGAAUGUCCAUUCAACUAACAUCCCUACUGUCAGUACUAGCAGCUACCAUGUCUUUAUUAUAAUACCUGGGUGAAGACGAGACUGUAAUUCCCCCUCCCUUUUGAGGGUACUUGCAGCCGCCAUGAGGAUGGCUCUCCCAACAUGGGGCUUCCUCCAUGUUUUCUAACACAUGUAGAAAAUCGCCAUUCAUGAGAAAGAUUUGCUCAUGUGAAGGAGAUACCAAAUCGUAACUGAAAUGCACCCUGUGAAACUCAAAAAAACUUAAGUAAUGUCGCAUGUCCAAAAUCUGUAUUUGUCUAAUGCAGGAGUGCAGAAAUUCAGGCCCAGAGGCCAAACCAGACCCUCC